AUGAAUGGUGUACCUCAGUGCGAUGAAUCAAGCCCGCAAUGCCUGCGCUGUGUCAAGCGACAAAUCCCCUGUUCCUUUCUAGAAGACGGCUCUGAAAUCUUUCCAAACCCGUCCGGAAACUCGUCCAACUACGAUACGUCCACUCCCAAGAGCCUCGAGUACGCGCCGUCCGAUCCAGACCAACCACGCCAUGGAGGGCUGCCGAAAUUUACGCCACAAUCUAGCCUCGUGGCAGGCAAGGAGCCUUCGCGCGGUGCCAAACAGUUCGAUCUCUUGGACCUAGAGCUGAUCCAGCACUACUCGACUCGGACCUAUAUGACCAUGUCGUCGAGGCUGGCCACCCAUACGGUGUGGCGAGACACCAUAUUUGCAGAGGCCUUGCGCCAUGACUAUCUUCUGCACGGUCUGAUGGCUACCUCGGCCCUUCAUAAAGCCACAUUGCAGCCCAAGACCUCUGAGGCCUACGCCGAGUAUUCCAAAGUAGCAUUGGCUCACCAGAAUGCCGCUCUCGCCGGGUACAUUCCAGCCGUCAGCAAGCCAAAUCAAGAUAACGGCAUCGCCCUAUUCUCCGUGUCUCUACUUCUUACCGUAUGGGCCUUCGCAUCCAAGCGCCUACCUGAAGGGUUGAAUAGUGUCAAGCUUGAAUUCAGCCACGGCGAAAAUUCCCCCGGAAUUACACUUCCGAUGCAUUCACCGACGGCUGAUUUCAUCGAGAUCAUAAUGAUUCUUCGAGGUAUAUAUGCGGUGAUUAGAGAGACCGACACCUGGCUUCAAGGCGAUAUUGAAGAACUGUUGCGCUAUCCUCGGUCCGAAGACCUGCCUCCACAUUCUGCUGAUGUCACGGAAGCCUUCGACAUACUCGCCCAAGCCUCCCAAGACCCUCGAUUGACACCGCCUCGAGAAGAUGAAGACGACGCAAUCGUGCAAGCGCUGUGUCUCGAGCAAUUAGAACAACUACGCGACAUCUCUAGAUGCCGAUCUGUGGUCGAAUGGGAUGGCCAUAUUUUCUCGUGGCUGGUCAUGUCUCCACCAUCAUUUAUCCACUGUCUCAGACAAGGCAGACCCAUGGCCCUGGCCAUAUUUGCACAUUGGGCCGCCAUGUUCCGUUGUAUGGAUCACCAUUGGUGGGCAACCGGAUGGGCAUACAGCUUGGUGGUUGAUGUGUCGGGCCUUCUUGACCCUAUCUGGGCUCGUUACUUGGACUGGCCUAGAAGACAAGUUGGCCUCGUCUUUCAAGACGGCGCCGCUUUCGAUGGCCGCAGACUAACAUGA